GUUGACACAGAAAGAACGAGGCGGAGGGAUUCACUGUGACACACCGGAAACACACACUGAAUCUUGGGAAAGGAAGGAAUAUCGAGUUUCUUCACCAAAAUAACGAAUUUAAACAUUAUUUUUCAACCCGGAGCUGCUCAAAACAUAGAUUCAGCUACUAUAUAAGUACACUUCUGUUCCCGCCUCAGUGAAUUUUACCGAACAGAUCAACAAAGAUGCUGAUUAAAGUGAAGACACUCACUGGCAAGGAGAUUGAGAUUGACAUAGAGCCCACAGAUAAGGUGGAGCGGAUUAAAGAAAGGGUGGAGGAGAAGGAAGGGAUCCCUCCGCAGCAGCAGAGGUUGAUCUACAGUGGAAAACAGAUGAACGAUGAGAAAACAGCAGCAGACUACAAAAUCCAGGGAGGCUCUGUUCUCCAUCUGGUUCUUGCUCUGCGAGGAGGUCAGGUGCUUUGCUAUCCCAGAAGCCCCUUCUCCACGCCUGCGUUGUAGCCAUCCCCUACGAAACAUGCCUUAGCUUUUGUGAUGCCUACAUUACGCGGAUCAACUGAAGACACACGGCCACCGGUUACGGAGUCACCCGGCGGCGUUUGUAGGCAGCCCAGAGCCAUUUGUAGAAAGAGUUAAAUCAGGUUCUACUUGUGGCCGCCACUUCCUUAAAGCCAAAAUGUGUUGGCUGAAAACACUUCUCCUCCUCCCCCCCUACUGUAACGUUGCCAUGGCGAGACACUGCACAUGUUAAAGCUGGGCUGGCUAAAAAAAUAAAGUUACUUUAAAAAUUAAGCAAAGCUUUGCCUACAGAUUUACAAUCCAGAGCUAAUUUGGCUGCCUUCUUGUGUCUCUUUAUACAUCUCUGAGGGAGGCAAGGCUGAGUUUCCCAAAGGUUAUCUUUGUUCCCCUAUCUGUAGCAUCCAGGUGCUUUAGGGAAAUCCAUCCUUGGAUCCUCCAGACUCAGACACAAACAAAGGUUUAGUUUCUUUUUAUUAAUGUCAUACAACUUUUAUUCUGUUCUCUACUAAUUGCCCCAACCUUCCUCACCACUUUAGUAUAAUUAUUCCAAGGCUACUGGGUGUAUCAAAGCACCCAUGUAGCUCAAAUACAGUUGUAAAGAAAGGAUAGCAGCACAUUUAAGGGAACAUAAGAAGUAAAGGACAUGUUUGGUGCUCUGUGUAUUAGAAAAAAACCCCCUCCUGUCACUUAUUUUAAAUCAUGUACUCCAUCUUUACGCCUGCUUCAUAACUAGACUGAGCAUGUCCGUUUAGUAGGAUAAUGUUUUAUAUAAUUUCAUAUGAAUUUGUGUCAAGUAUUUGCUUCUUUUUUUUUUUUUUUUUGCUGAUUGCAUAUUAUUUUACUGUCACUAGAGGACAAGGUCAGCUGUGCCAGCUGUGGUCCUGUCUGAAAACAGCUUCAGUUUACGUGGAUAUUGUUUGGUUUGUUUGUAUGUUCAGAGAAGCAAUUUUAACUUUUGGGAUUGCGGUGUCCAGCAGCACCCAUGUGCCCCCCCCCCUCCCCACCCCCCUUUGGCGUGUACAGAAUUGUGUGAAAUUGACCUUUUCUGUGGAUUCGUUUGUCAGUAGAAUAAACUUAUAUUGAUGCUGAAAA